AUGGAGGAAUGCCUGGUACAAGCAGCUAUGAGAGCUCGCUCAGAAAUUGCAUUUGAGUGCAAUAUCAAAGACGCAUGCAUACAGCCUUACUGCAAAGUGCUUGAUACCGAUGCGAUUGAGGCAUUUACAUUGGAAAAGUUCAAGACACUCAUGAUAUUAUGCAUGAAAGAAGAAAAGGACUUUGUUAUUGCAAUGGUGACAACGAGGGAUCCGUCUACUGACAACCCAUUCUACAGUUAUUAUUCUGCAAUAGAUCUGAAUAACUUUCUUUUCUGUGUGGAAGGUGGAUAUCUGAUGAACAGGAUGGGUGUUAAGAAUCCAGCAAACAACCUGAGUAUUACAGAAAAGGUUUUAUAUUAUAGAAUAUUGCAUAAAGAGUUGUUGGGGAUAUGGAAAGAUUAUUGCUCAAGAUAUGAUCGAGAUUCUGUUGCAAAAGAUCAUGAGAUAGUGUACAUCAAGGCAGAGUAUUUUGCAUACUAUGAAGACUUUCUGUUUGACUCAUCUGUGAGACAGUACUUCUCUUCUAAUUCUGAUGGAAACGAAUGUUUCACACAUGGAUUCAGUUCGACUGGAGACUCAUUAACAAUUGUUGAUGACCAACUUGAGAAUUAUCAUGAUGACAAGUUCAGCCUGAAGAUCAUUUUAUACACCAACAUGGGCACAAUCCUUGCGAUAUUCACAAUAUGCAUGCUUGUUGGAAGUAGAGAGGUCCUGAUGACUGUACUUGCACCACUCCUACUCACAAUGUUCUUCUCAGUUAUCUUCCUUGUUCUUUAUGUCUUACUAUUUGAGACGCCAGAGUGCCUUGAAUCAAUCCUAAAUCUUGGGAAGCGCUGUCUUUCUGAAUAG